UUUUUUCUUCUUCACACUUUUUAAGUGUUUUCUGGGAAAACCCUUUCAGGCCGCUGAUGGAUCUGGAUGCAAUGUUUGAUGAUAUCUCGUGAAGAUGAGUUUUUGGGGCGUAUCGGGUGACAUCAUGAGUGGACUUCUCUGCCUGCAUGUAUUUGUGUGCUGCUUCAGUACGGCCCUGUCCUUCUGUCCAUCCCAGUGUACGUGUGUCUUCCAUGGCCGUGCAGAUGGAACAGGAACCAGAUCUGUUCUCUGCAACGACCCAGACAUGUCCGACAUCCCCGUUAAUGUUCCCGUGGACACGAUCAAACUUCGUAUAGAGAAAACUGCCGUACGGCGAGUCCCAACAGAAGCCUUUUACUACCUGGUGGAGCUUCGGUACCUGUGGAUUACCUACAACUCCAUAACCUCAGUGGAUGCAGGAAGCUUUUACAACCUAAAGGUGCUCCAUGAGUUGAGGUUGGAUGGAAAUAUGAUCUCUGUUUUCCCUUGGGAGUCCCUCAAGGAGAUGCCCAGACUGAGGACUUUGGAUCUUCACAACAACAGACUUAGUGCAGUCCCCACUGAGGCGACCCCGUACCUCCUGAACAUCACCUACCUGGACAUAUCCAGCAACAAGCUGACGACCCUGUCCUCAGAUCUUAUGGACAUCUGGCCACCUUUUAAUGGUGUCCCUGUGUCUUCGAAUGCCUCGCAGAAAGUCGUGUUAGGCCUUCAGGACAAUCCCUGGUUCUGUGACUGUAAAAUCUCAAAGCUGAUUGAGAUAUCCAAAAUGGCUGACACACCAGUGGUUUUGAUGGACCUGUUCUUGACCUGUGCUGCACCAGAACAUUUGGCAGGUGUCCUUUUCCAGCGUGCUGAACUUGAGAACUGUGUAAAACCAUCAGUGAUGACAUCUGCAACAAAGAUAAUGUCCCCUUUGGGCAGUAACGUCCUCCUACGAUGCGAUGCCACAGGAUCACCAACACCAAAACUCUACUGGACAAAGUCAGAUGGCUCACCCGUCAACAACACUGUUCAGGAGUCGCCUGGGGAAGGCAUAAAGUGGUCCAUUAUGAGCUUGCAUGGAAUACAGUACAAAGAUGCUGGGAACUACAGUUGCAAAGCUAAGAAUGUUGCUGGGACUGCGGAAGCCACCAUUUCUCUAUCAGUUGCAGGAACCGUCAGCACCACCACCCCUCCGCUGAGACCUGGUGGUGGGACUGGGCCGACUGGCCAAUUCAUGACGCUCACUCCCCCAACAGGCAACUCCAAAUCACCGUUCAUGAUGACCACGGUCUUCCCAAGAUUAUCAACAACUCUUUCUGCUGUCCAGAGACAGCUCAGUUCAGUCUCCAGUAAGGGCUCACUUAAGCAAAUAAAGAAUCAGCAAGGAGGAAAUGGGAAAAAACUUGCAGCAGAUGAAAAGAGCAAGAAGAACGAUGUUUCACGACCCAUUAAAGACCUACAGAUUAUGGAAGAAACAGCUGACAGUGCGGUGUUGCUCUGGACUGCAGGCGGAUUACUAAAUGAUGCUCCGCUUACUGUCGUAUACUCACCCUACGGGGACGAUGACACUAAAAGGACGAUGGAAACCAGUGCUGGGAGUGGAAAAGUGCUCCUUGAUGGACUGUCACCUGGAAUGAGGUACUCUGUUUGCCUGGUAGCAAAAGGGAGUCCUGCUGGAAAAGACCCUUGCAUUGACUUCUACACAGAAGAUGGAGAGCAGAACCAGCUUUUCUUCAUUAUUAGCGGCAUUGCUUGUGCUCUGGUUCUGCCUCUUAUUGCUUUACUGAUCUACAAAAUUCUCGCUCUUUACUGCAAAGGACAAAACACCGCUUUGAAUGAGGACGAGCUGCAAAAAGAGAGUUACGUUAAGUUUGAGACAAUUUCAAUGAAACAAAGGACUUUGAACUCCCACCCCACUGAGCUUUGGGCCAGAAGGCCAACUAACGAAUCGGAGCGCCUGCUGCUGUGUUCACGGUCGAGCAUCGACUCCCAGAUGACCUAUAAGAGCGACGGCUCCCGCUCUGAAUAUCUCUGCUGA